AUGUCGUCCGUUGCCCUUCGUCUCUCCACUCGAAGCUCCUUAUUUUCCGCAACCGAUCCUUCCUUCUCCCUCCCCCCUUCCUCUCGCAGCAGCAGCAGCGGUAGCGUCAGCCGUCCCGGAACCCCCACCCCUCAAGCCCCCUCGCCCGCUCCUUCCUCUUCCCCACCUGCCCGUUGCCCCCCCCCUUUUCUCUCGUGCCUUCCAGUCUCCUUUCUUCGGGCAGCCAGCACGGUGGGCGCAGCAGCAGCUGCCAGCAAGGUCCUGGGCCUCAUGCGAGAGAUGGUGCUUGCUGCUGCCUUUGGCGUUGGUCCAGUCAUGACUGCUUUCAGGUGGGCUGAGGUUCUUCCUGCAUUUGGCGUUGGUCCAGUCAUGACUGCCUUCAGUUAUGCGUCGCUGAUCCCAACCUUCUGCCUGUCGCUGCUCGGAGGUGUAAACGGUCCCUUUCACAGCGCCAUUGCCUCGGUCCUAAGCAAAGCUGCUGAGAAGGAUACUGGGAAAGACACUGAGAAGGAUACUGGGAAAGACAGUGAGAAGGGUGGGGCGAGGAGCAGCCUGAAUGCAGCGAGGAUGCAGCAGGAGCUGCUGGUCCUGGUGUCGGUGCUCGUAGCCCUGGCGUCAAUAGUCGCAGCAUUGCUGAUUUUCCUCUGUGCACGACCCAUUAUUGAUCUUCUUGCACCCGGCCUCUCUUUCCCUCCAGCAGCCGUUGCGAGUGAUCCAUCAGCAGUGGCAUCGUUCGCCCUGACUCGCCAUGUCGCCAUCUCACAGCUGCAACAAAUGGCCCCCACCAUCGCCCUUGCUCCUCUCAUCGGCAUCGGCUUUGGAACACUCAGUGCAAGAGGGGAGUUUGCCAUUCCGUCCCUCUCCCCUUCUCUCUCCAGCCUCUCAGUUCUGCUCGGGGGGAUUUUCCGUCGGCCUGUGCUGCUGGUCCCCUCUUGCCGCAAAUUCCCCCAAGGCCCCUCUCAUGCCUCUCCCCACACCCCCCUCCUCCUUGGUCAACACCCCCUUCCCCCUUCCACCCACUCUUCCCCUCACUCCAUCCAGAUUGCCUUUUACUUCGCCCUAUGCCGCUGGUCCCCCCUUGCCUCAAAUCUCACCAAGGUCCCUCUCAUGCCCCCUCAACGACACUCCUUUUUCCACCACUCCCCUCACUCCAUCCAGAUUGCUGUCUACUUCGCCCUGUGUCGCUGGUCUCCCGUUGCCUCACCUCAACGCGAGAUCAUAGGUGGAACGUGUCUGGCUGUCAGCUUCACUGCCGGUGCUCUCCUGCAGUGGCUGAUUCAGCUUGUAGCUGAGAUUCGAUCAGCACCAGCACCACAGCAACUGGCAGCGACACCACUUCCUGAAACAACAGCAGCAGCAUCAGCAGUGCAAGUGGUGGUGACAACCGAACAACCAGAGGACCCGACACCAGCAGCACCGCCAGCAGCGUCGCCAGCAGCAGCAACAGCACCAUCGCUACCCCCAGCACCACCAGCAACAGCAAAAACAGCAGCAAUAACAGCACCAGCACCAGCACCAUCACCUCCACCAUCAGCAGCAGCAGCAGCAGCAGCCACAGCGCCUCAUGUGCAUGCCCCCAGCUGGCUGCCUCUAACUGCGCUGUUUGCACGACAUAGCGAGCAACUGAGAGAGGUCUUUGGCGUUCUGAUUCCAGCAACAGUUGCAUCGGGCAUGCUUCAAAUCGCCACCUUCACCGACCUCUACUUUGCUUCCUUCCUUCCCGGCACUGCUGCUGCUCUCGGCUACGCCAAUCUGCUGGUAAUGGCACCGCUUGGGAUUCUCUCCACCGCCCUCCUCGUGCCGCUGCUGCCUGCCUUUGCUCGUCUCGCUCAUCCUAAGGAUCGACCUCUCUUGAAGGAUAGCUUGCGACGAGGGCUGGUCAUGGCACUGGCCGUGACUCUCCCGAUGACAGCUGUCAUGCUCCCAUUGGCCCGUCCCAUCGUGCGCAUUGUCUUCCAACGACGCUCCUUUGAUGCCUCUGCCACCUCCCUCGUCUCCUCGCUGCUCUCCUGCUACCUCCUCGGUUCCCCCUGCUACUUGGCUCGGGACGUGCUCGUUCGUCUCUUCUACUCCCUCGCGGACGGCACCACGCCCUUCCUUAUAAGCACAUUCGCUAUAGCAGCCAAUGCAGUCCUGGAUUUCCUAUUCGUGAGCCGCUGGAAGUUUGGACCCCAGGGGCUGGUGCUCGCUACAGCCGCUGUGAACAGUGCUUCGGCUGUAGCGCUGCUGUGUCUGGCGCACAGGAGAAUGGGAGGCCUCCCUCUCUCGCUCUGGUGGCCCUCUUUCUCCAUCCUCUUCCAAUCAGCCGCUGCCACGGCUAUCACAGUCACAGUCAUGCAUAAGCUCCUCUCUGCCGCACUUACAACCGCCUCUCACUUGCUCUCCUUGCAACCCACAUGGGUGUGGUUGCUAGAUGCGGCAGCACUUGGAACGACAGCUGCUGCAGGAUUCCUUGUCUUCUGCGCCCUUGUGGUUACCAUGCGGUUACCCGAGGCCAUGCCGUUAUGGGCUCGAGUGAAGUCGCUUUUGCAAAAGCAUGGGUUGCUGAAGCUGAGAACUAGUGCUCAAUUUUGA